GGCGCCGCUACGGGCCGCCUCUGCCGCCGAGAGUAGAAAGCACGAGCGCCCGGCGCCCGGCUGCCGGUGAGCGUGGGGCCAGCGAGCGAGUGAGCGGCUCCGACUCCGGCUCCCCUCCGCUUCGCACCAGCCCGACUCUCCUCGUCGUUGCGCGCCUCCUCGCAGCGACCUCGGCCACCGGUCCGCGCCCAUCGCCCGGGGUCGCCAGCAGCCCCGCUGCCCUUCUCCCGCCCGCCCCCGCCCCCGCCCACCCCGGCCUCCCGGGCUGCUGCUCCGCGGCGGAGGCAAGAGGUGGUUGGGGGGACCAUGGCUGACGUUUUCCCGGCCAACGACUCCACGGCGCCUCAGGACGUGGCCAACCGCUUCGCCCGCAAAGGGGCGCUGCGACAGAAGAACGUGCACGAGGUGAAGGACCACAGAUUCAUCGCCCGCUUCUUCAAGCAGCCCACCUUCUGCAGCCACUGCACCGACUUCAUCUGGGGGUUUGGGAAACAAGGCUUCCAGUGCCAAGUUUGCUGUUUUGUGGUUCACAAGAGGUGCCAUGAAUUUGUUACUUUUUCCUGUCCAGGUGCAGAUAAGGGGCCUGACACUGACGAUCCCAGAAGCAAGCACAAAUUUAAAAUCCACACUUAUGGAAGCCCCACCUUCUGUGAUCACUGUGGAUCGCUGCUGUAUGGACUUAUCCACCAAGGGAUGAAAUGUGACACCUGCGACAUGAAUGUUCACAAGCAGUGUGUGAUAAACGUCCCCAGCCUCUGUGGAAUGGAUCACACAGAGAAGAGGGGGCGGAUUUACCUGAAGGCCGAGGUCAGCGAUGAAAAGCUCCAUGUCACAGUACGAGAUGCAAAAAAUCUAAUCCCUAUGGAUCCAAAUGGACUUUCAGAUCCUUAUGUGAAGCUGAAACUUAUCCCUGACCCCAAGAAUGAAAGCAAACAGAAAACCAAGACCAUCCGCUCCACACUAAACCCCCAGUGGAAUGAGUCGUUCACAUUCAAAUUAAAACCUUCAGACAAAGAUCGACGACUGUCCGUAGAAAUCUGGGACUGGGAUCGAACAACAAGGAAUGAUUUCAUGGGAUCCCUUUCCUUUGGUGUUUCGGAGCUAAUGAAGAUGCCAGCCAGUGGAUGGUACAAGUUGCUUAACCAAGAAGAAGGUGAGUACUACAAUGUGCCCAUCCCGGAAGGGGAUGAAGAAGGCAACGUGGAGCUCAGGCAGAAAUUUGAGAAAGCCAAGCUCGGCCCUGCUGGUAAUAAAGUGAUCAGCCCCUUGGAAGACAGGAAGCAGCCUUCCAACAACCUUGACAGAGUGAACCUCACGGAUUUCAAUUUCCUCAUGGUGCUGGGGAAGGGGAGUUUUGGGAAGGUUAUGCUUGCUGACCGUAAGGGAACAGAAGAACUGUAUGCAAUCAAAAUCCUGAAGAAGGAUGUGGUGAUUCAGGAUGAUGAUGUAGAGUGCACCAUGGUGGAAAAGCGGGUUCUGGCCCUGCUGGACAAGCCCCCAUUCCUGACACAGCUGCACUCCUGCUUCCAGACGGUGGACCGGCUAUACUUCGUCAUGGAAUACGUCAAUGGUGGGGACCUUAUGUACCACAUUCAGCAAGUAGGAAAAUUUAAGGAGCCACAAGCAGUAUUCUAUGCAGCAGAGAUCUCCAUUGGGUUAUUCUUUCUUCAUAAAAGAGGAAUCAUUUACAGGGAUCUGAAGUUAGAUAACGUCAUGCUGGAUUCAGAAGGACAUAUCAAAAUCGCUGACUUUGGGAUGUGCAAGGAACACAUGAUGGAUGGAGUCACCACCAGGACUUUCUGUGGGACUCCCGAUUAUAUUGCCCCGGAGAUAAUUGCUUACCAGCCGUACGGAAAAUCUGUGGACUGGUGGGCGUACGGUGUCCUGUUGUAUGAAAUGCUAGCCGGACAGCCUCCAUUUGAUGGCGAAGAUGAAGACGAAUUGUUUCAGUCUAUAAUGGAGCACAACGUUUCCUAUCCCAAAUCCUUGUCCAAGGAGGCCGUGUCCAUCUGCAAAGGACUGAUGACCAAACACCCAGCCAAGCGGCUGGGCUGUGGGCCUGAGGGAGAGAGGGAUGUGAGAGAACAUGCCUUCUUCCGGAGGAUUGACUGGGAAAAACUGGAGAACAGAGAGAUCCAGCCCCCAUUCAAGCCCAAAGUGUGUGGCAAAGGAGCUGAAAACUUUGACAAAUUCUUCACACGAGGGCAACCUGUCUUAACACCGCCAGAUCAGCUGGUCAUCGCUAACAUAGACCAGUCUGAUUUUGAAGGGUUCUCAUAUGUCAACCCACAAUUUGUGCAUCCGAUCUUGCAGAGUGCAAUAUGAAACUCACUAAUGAGAGCAAAUGCUUCCCCAUCCCCCAGCCUCCCCAGCAAUGGGAAAUGAUCCUUAACCCUAAAAUUUUAAGACCAGGGCCUUGUGUCUUGUUCCACAUGGAGGCCUGAAAAUUGUAGGGUAAUUAGUUCACAUGUGAUCAACUUUUCAGGAUCUCCCUCUUACAACCAAGAACAUUAUCUUAGUGGAAGAUGACAUAAUGUACAGUGUCCAGUUUAAUUACAUAGCUGUCACAUCUGGCUAUAGGUUAACCCUUCCUAGAAAGCAAAGAGACUCUAACCCCUUUUUCGGUACGAUUUGAUAUAUUCUCCACACCCUCCAUCUAUGGAUUUUCACCAUCAGGAUCCCCCAACCAGAGAAGUUAAAAGUGAACCUAUCCUAGCCCAAUGGGCUGGAAACAUCUUCACCCAAGAUGUCUUUGGAAUCAAAGAAUGGGGAGCCCAGAGAGUGAGCAAAGAGUGAUUGGGGGUGGGAAAGGCUUCAAGAUAAACAAUGCAUCUGUUGUCUGCUUCAAUGGAAACCGUCCCUAGAAUCUGAGAGACCAGGAUGAACCUAAUCACUGUUCCCAUCUUCAUAACUCAGCCACAGUCCAGCAGUUUAAGAAAGAAAGAGAACUGCAGAUGACUGUUGGGUAAAUCUAUCAUCUGUUACCAUACUUGGUUGAUAACUGUCUUGAUAUUUGCAUUCUUUUAAAGAGGCCAAAUUGUCUACAGAUGUUGCUAACAAGCAUGUGAACAGAUCCAGGAUAAACCAGCGUGUAUGUAUGUUCAUUUUAAUCUCUGGGAGAUUAUUCUUCGAUCCAGGGUGCCAUCAGUAAUCAUGCCACUAAUCACGAGUGUUGUUAGCCAACCCCCCCCACACACAAUAUUUUGCUACCUAUGUUGUUACCCUUUCUAAGAAGCUGAAGUGUACACCCCACCCCCUUUUGUACUUAUUUAUUUAAUAAGCUGCAGCGUCAUUUAUGAAAGUAUGAUGUACAGUAACUUAAUCAAAGUAUCAACUCAAGCACCAAUCCCCAUUGGUUGAUUUUUCUGUCCUUUCUCUACCCUUUGACAUCCAUUUAGGGAUGAAAACUAAUAUGGUUUGGGUUCCCAUUUCCAGUUCCUGUUGAAUGACACACCUGGAGCUGUAGAAUCAACAUACCUGGAUGCUUAUUAGCAAUUCUUGCUAGAAAGAUUUUAAUAUGUUUUGCAAAUGCAUCAUGCAAUGGAGUUUGCAUGUUUAUAAUAAAUCUUAAAAACAAAUGAAUCUAUAUUAUUGAUAUAAUUGUAUCAACUAUAAAGAGUAUUAUAAUUUUAUAAGACACAACUGUGCUAUAUUUGU